AUGAACGCGGGAAAGUCCCCCGGCUUCCCCAGGAAAAAGUGUGGAGUCCUCGGAUGCACUGGCUCCGUCGGGCAACGUUUUAUGCUUCUUCUCAUGGACCACCCUCACUUCGACCUCCACGCAAUUGGAGCCUCCUCUCGCUCGGCCGGCAAGAAAUACGGGGAUGUCGCGCCAUGGAAGCAGACGAAAGCAUUGCCAGAAAAAUACAGAGAGCUCGUGGUGAAGCCUUGUGAGCCGGAAGAAUUCAAGGACUGCGAUAUAGUCUUCAGUGGGUUGGACUCUUCCGUCGCAGGGGAAAUCGAGAUGGCCUUCCUUAUGGCUAAUUUGGCGGUGUUUUCGAAUGCGAAGAAUUACCGUCAAGAUCCUCUUGUUCCGUUAGUUGUGCCAACAUUGAAUUUGGAUCACUUUGAGGUCAUUCCGAGUCAGCGGAAUCACUACAAGAUCGACAAGGGUUUCUUGGUGUGCAACAGUAACUGCGCCGUGAUUGGCCUCGUGAUUCCCUUCGCCGCCAUCGAAGCAGCCUUCGGUCCCAUCGAUAUAGUAAGCGUGGUUACAGAGCAAGCACUCUCAGGAGCAGGCUAUCCUGGUGUGCCCUCGAUGGACAUCCUUGACAAUGUGAUACCGUACAUAAGCGGAGAAGAAGACAAGAUGGAGUCGGAGACGAGGAAGAUUUUAGGUCACGUUAACAAGGAGAACAUGGCAUUUGUCCAACGGUCAGACAUCAGGAUAUCCGCUACCUGUACGAGGGUCAAUGUGACAGAUGGACAUAUGGCCUUUGUAUCUCUACGCUUUGCGAAGAGGCCACCGCCCAGUGCGGAGCAAGUCAAGCAGGCUAUGAGAGAAUAUGUCUCAGAUGCUCAAAGACUUGGUUGCCCAUCGGCUCCAGAUGCAGCGAUCACAGUUCUCCAGCAGGUGGACCGACCUCAGCCACGACUCGAUCGGGAUGUAGGCCGGGGUUACUCUGUUAGUGUGGGUAGGGUGAGAGAAGACAAAACAGGGGUAUUCGACCUCAUGUUCGCUGCUUUAUCUCACAAUACUAUCAUCGGGGCUGCUGGAUCAUCGAUACUGAAUGCAGAAGCUGCCGUUCUAAAGGGAUUCGUAUGA